UGAUUCUUCCCUAUAUUUGCCAAACUUCCCAUUAAUAACCCUCUUUUAUCGUCCCAAAAGAUUAAAAAAAGAAGGAAAAAAAACUGAUCCAAUCAAUUCCUUCGAUUUUCAGGUGAAUAAGGAAUGGCGAGCGGCUUUGGGGAGUCAACAAGCAUUCCACCCCCAAGUCCGUCUUGCUCGGGUAGUAACAAUGUUAAUGAUGCUGGUGAUUUUGAGUGUAAUAUCUGCUUCGACUUAGCUCAAGACCCGAUUGUCACUCUUUGCGGUCAUCUCUUCUGUUGGCCAUGCCUUUACAGAUGGUUGCACCAUCACUCUCAUUCUCAAGAAUGCCCUGUUUGCAAGGCCCUCAUACAAGAGGAUAAACUGGUUCCUCUUUACGGCAGGGGUAACAACCAGACCGAUCCUCGUUCAAAAUCGUAUCCUGGCAUGGAUAUCCCAAACCGUCCAGUGGGGCAAAGACCUGCAACAGCACCUCCUCCCCCACUGCAAGCUAAUCCGUUUGCCAAUUACGGAUUUGGACUAAUGGGAGGUUUUGUUCCGAUGGCAACCACAAGGAUUGGUAACUUUACAAUGGGUUUUGGAGGCCUAUUGCCAUCCUUGUUUAACAUUCAUUUUCAUGGAUUUCCGGAUGCUACUGUUUAUGGAACAACUUCAGGUGAUCCUUUUGGGUUCAAUGCUGUUCAUGGUGGUCAUACCCAUAGGUUUCCCCAGCAGCCAACGACACGAGGACAGCAAGCAGAUAAUGUGCUGAAGAAUCUUCUUUUGGUGAUUGGGCUCUUUGUGAUCCUUGCUCUGCUUUAUUGGUGAAAUAGUUUGCCAUUUAAGCUCGUCCGCUGCUUGAUUAUUUAGUGUAUGUGUCUGUAAAUAUGGUGUAGCCGAAUUUACGAUUCUGUUUUUGGCUUAAGAAGAAGUUGUCUAUAUGAUACUCUAAUUUUUUCUGUUUCAUUUAGCUUCAGGAGCAACUUAUACCGGUCUUGAUUUCUUUUUUCAAAAAUAAAAGAACUAGUUCAGUUUUCCCCUA